CCGAGACUACGAGCCAAGCCGUACCGAACCCAAACGAACCAAAAACCGAGCAAAACAAAGCAAACAAGUGAACCACUCGCGAAUGUGUAUGUGUGUGAGUGUCAAUGUGUGGGGCAAAGGCAACUGCGCCAUAGCAUAGAUACACAGAUAUAUAUAUAUACAUAUAUAUCUAUAUAUAUUUAUAGAUAGAUAUAAACAUUUUCGCUUGGCGAAAAGUGAAAACUUUUUUCAAUGCUCUAGAGUUGGUCGCUGAGGAGACCUUUCAGAGAAAAGUUGACACCAGCUUUAAGGCUUUAAGGCAACACAGAGAGAUUUGAAAACUUUCGCAAUACAACGCACCACAAAUAGCAAGGAGACCAUGUCGACGCUGCCCUUCCUGCUCAGCGUCGCCGACGAGCUGGACAACAUCCAUUCGCAGUCCUACAUGGACGAUUUCGGGCUGGGCUUUCAUCCACAUCGGCAGUAUUAUCGCUCGCCCACAAUACAGCUUUCGUUGCCCGCUAGCGCGGACUGGAUGCAGGAGCGGCAUGCGCGCUAUCGCAGCUAUAAGUUCUAUGAUGACUCCCAAAACAAUCUAGAGGAGGAGGAGGAGCAGGAAAAGGAACGCGAACGGGAACGAGAACGAGAGCGGGAGCGGGAGCAGGCAACAGAGCAGGACGUGCCCGAGCAACAAACACUCGACACUGUGGUAACGCCUCCCUAUGCCAGCACCUCAACGCAGGCGGCAGCCACCACGGCCUCCACUGCUGGCGCCAACUCCACUGCCAACAAGAUGGUGAAGUCCAAUUCGCACGAUGUGGGUGUGGGCGGGUUGGGCCUCAAUUUGAAGGCCGGCGGCGAUGAGGAUGAUGAGAACAUCGAUCGAACCGUACGCAUGUACAAUCUGUCCAAGAAGUGCUGCAAGAACUACUAUCGACAUGCCCUCGAGACCGGCCCAGGGGCCAGUGGACGCAUCAAGUGCACCCUUCAUGGCGAGAGCCAGCCCUCGUCCUCCUCGGAGGAGAGUCUGCAGAAGAUUCCCUCGCCCAUUGAAUUUCUCACGUGCUUUCUGGUCAAGAAGUCCUCGCGCACGCCCAAGUGCCGCGCCUCUUUCAGCAUGCCCAGCUGCGCCUCCAGGCAGCAGCAGCAGCAGCAGCAGCAACAACAACAACAGCAGCAACAGCAACAAAAACAGCUUAAGAAAACAUAGAACGCGGCCAUUCUGAUGACGUCUUCGUCCGUGUCCACGUCAUCGAAGCGCCGCAGCAACUGCUUCUGAAUGUUGGCCAGAGUCGGUGUGUUGUGUGCCGAUGCCUGGCAUUGGCUGCAACGUUGCGGGGAGCUGCCCAGCUCCGAGCCGUCGUUGCAUGCCUCACGAUUGGGACGCA